GUUUCUGUUGGCCUAAUUUCGCAACCACUUUUCGUUAUCCAUGUUGUGUCAGUCAUCAACAAACGGUGGAAAAUUUGUUUUAUCAGUGAGCGUUCUGCCUAUAUAACUAGUGCAGCGUUAUGUGGCGUAUCCGUGUUAACCCUGACUGCGAUCAGCGUCGACAGACUUCUGGCAUUACAGUUGAAGAUUCGUUACAGAGAACUUGUAACAGUUCAACGGAUGUGGAUUGUUAUAAUCAUAAUAUGGAUUGUAAGCUUUGCGAAUGCCUUCUUGUACCUGUGGAACCCGUUUAUUUACUUAAUUGGCUGCUGUAUUGUAAUAGUAGUGGCAGUCUCCAGUUCUACUCUCAGUUACUCAAAAAUAUACUUUAAGCUCCGUUAUCAAAUGUUGCAAGUUCACGAUCGUUUUGACACAUGUAACCAAGUGAGUUCCGGGAUGUUCAACAUUGAAAAGUACAAGAAGACCGUGUAUAGUGCCCUUUGGGUUCACUUGGCUUUAGUGGUAUGCAACGGGCCGUUUGUUAUUGUGACAGUUGUAAAAACUAUUCGUGGGAUAAGUCCUACACUUUUUGUAGCAGAAGCUUUCGCAGCUACAUUGGUUUAUCUUAAUUCAUCUCUGAAUCCUGUCCUUUACUGUUGGAAGAUCAAAGAAGUAAGAAUGGCAGUCAAAGAUACU